CCCUUUUCCAACACCUUUCGUAAAAUUCCAGUACUUUCUUAAUUUUGAAUUAACCGCCAAAAGUUUGAAACAGAGAGAAAACGAGCGUAAAUCAAUAACUUCGAUCUUGAAUGAGUGAAGGUCACAACACACUCACUCUUGUGUAGGCAGGCAGAACGACGGACAUUUAUCUAUUAUUAAAAAAAAAAAGAACAGUAAUUUCUAUUUCUUUAUUUGGAAAUGUUAAUAUACGCCCUCCUGCCGUUACCCCCGCCUCCCCUACCCCUGCGUAUCCUGUCACAGUAUGACUGGUUUUCCUGACAUGCCGAGUGGAAGUCCCCUCUUGGAAGAGACAAAAAAAAAGAAAAGAAAAAUAAUGAUAAAAAAAAAGAAAUACGACACAGUUCGUAGGACGGUAAAGGUUUCGAGGUAUCAGUGGUUUGUACGACUACGCGGCGUGCAGACGUACGACUCCUGGGGGCGUGAAGCACCCGAAGCACAUCUGCGACGGUUGCAAGCGGCAGGCCAUUGCAGGAAUACGGUGGAAAUGCAACCACUGCUACGACUACGACCUGUGCACGACCUGCUACAUGGCCGAUAAGCACGACCUGUCCCACGCUUUCGUACGCUACGAGAAUGUCAACUCGAAGGGGGUGGAGGUGUCGCAGCGCAAGAGCGCCGGGAAGACCCCCCUGCAGGGCAUCUUCGUGGGCGCCAAGGUCAUCCGCGGCCCCGACUGGGACUGGGGCAACCAGGAUGGGGGGGAAGGGAAGUUCGGGCGCGUGACGGAGAUCCGCGGCUGGGACAACGAGUCCGGGCGGUCCGUGGCCAACGUGACGUGGGCGUGCGGCUCGACCAACGUCUACCGGGUCGGGCACAAGGGCAAGGUCGACCUCAAGGUGCUGUGGCCGGCGACCUGCGGCCAGAUCUACGGCGAGCACCUGCCUGUUCUGGGAAAGAUGGAAGACCCCAGUAGUACGGGAGAGCCAGAGCUCCCCUCAGCGCCCUUGUCUGUGGGCGAGAGAGUGCGCGUUGUCGUGAGUCUGGAGGAGCUGAGAGCCCUUCAGGAGGGACAUGGUGGAUGGAAUCAUAGGAUGGCUGAGUGCCUGGACAAAAUUGGCAUAGUCCACCGCAUCACAUGCAAGGGUGACGUGCGCGUGCAAUACGAGGGCUACGCCACACGCUGGACCAUCCACCCGCGAGCGUUGGCCAGGGUCACCACAUACACCCCUGGCGAUGUUGUGAUUGUCAUCAGUGAUGUUAAUAAGGUCAAAGAAUACCAGAAAGGUCACGGGGAGUGGAUUGAGUAUAUGAAGAGUGCUCUUGGUAAAACGGGUGUGGUGGCCCGAGUAUACCCUGAUGGUGACCUGAGGGUCAACAUUGAGGGCAAAACGUGGACCUUCAACCCCCUGUGUGUCUCACUCGCUCCUCGCACAGCUGAGUACAACAACACCAUGAGGGCUAAUGAGAGACAAGAACACGCAGGCCCACUAGCAUCAAUACUGCACCAGCUGUUAGAUACAGAGCAGGACAGUUCCGUGGUGGACCAGCUGGUGAGGGAGGCUGCACAGGGUCACACGCAGGCUGUCUCGCAUCUCCUGGCAAAACAUCCCGACAAGGUGGAUGGGCGGAGUUCCGGGAAGACGUGCUUGCAGGUGGCGUGCCAUCAGGGCCAUAUGGAUAUCGUGCGUCUCCUGCUAGACCACAAGGCAUCACUUGAGAUUGCCGAUGACGACGGCGAUGUGGCACUGCAUUACUCGGCUUUUGGCAACCAACCUGAAAUCAUGGAGCUGCUCCUACGCAAAGGGGCAUCUAUCAAUGUGGUGAACGAGGGCAGGUGCUCAGCCCUCCACGUUGCCGUCAAUAAGCAGCAUGCAGCAUGUGUCAAAGUGCUGCUCAAGUACAGCUGUGAUGUCAAUGUACAGGACUCCUAUGGUGACACGGCACUGCAUGAUGCAAUUGGAAAGGACAGCAUUGAGAUCCUAGAGCUGCUUGGAAACUCUCCGCACCUUGACCUCAACCUGCGCAACAAGAGGGGCUUCAACGUGCUCCACCAUGCAGCGCUUAAGGGCAAUAACUUUGCGGCUGAGAAGCUGGUUCUUCGCUCAAGGCAGUUUGUAGAUGUGCGUAAGGAUGAUGGGUUUGCAGCUCUCCACCUGGCUGCCUUAAACGGACACCGACAGGUUGCAGAAACGCUCAUCACCCUCGGCCAGGCUUCUGUCGACAUCACCAACAACAAGAAGCAGACGCCCCUCCUCCUCGCUGUGUCACAGGGUCACUGCGGUGUUGUUGAGCUCCUGGUGGACAGCAAUGCUGACGUACGAGCAUGUGAUGAGGAUGGGGACACGGCACUCCACUUGGCACUCUUGAAGAAUUCCACCACAACACAUGCCCAUCCCUCUCAUGCCCCAACCAUUACACAGAUCCUGAACAACAUCUCCCAACGAGGUUUUGAGAACAAGGUGUCCCUGGCCGUUGCGUGCUAUCUAGUGCAGAAGGGUUGCAGCAUCACUGUGGCCAACAGCCGCUCGAAGACACCUCUCGACCUCAUCAAUGACACCAACACCAUUGACCUGCUGCAGAGCUAUUCCACACAGGCUAGCAGCAGUGCAGAUACGAUGGCCCGUGUUGACAUGGACCUGAAGGCGUUGGACCUGGCAGCUGAGAGCAUUCGCCAUGGCAGCAGUGUUGGUGGUGGCAUCCUUGAUGGGCCUGCAUCCUCCUCCUCGUCAUCAGAGUCCCCAUCAGGAAACUCCUUCGCUGGAGGGAACAACAAGCCCCAGUCUGUGUCCCAGCCUGUGAGCCCAGCCAAAAGCCAGGGCGAGCAGGUCAUGGUGCCUGGUACAUCUGAGCCCAUGAACAACUGUGACAUUGAGAAGCAGAUUGUAGAGACCAAGGACGAGUGCUCGAUUUGUUUGGAGUGUCCGGCCACAGUGAGGUUCCAGCCAUGUGGGCACUGCGUCACCUGCGAGGACUGCUCCACGCGUGUCAAGAAGUGCUUCCAAUGCCAUGCAGUUGUGCUGACCAAAGUUACAAAAGAUGGCCGGACAGUCUCUAGUAAGGCUCGGCAGCCAUCCGCGGAGAGACUGCGCUACCUGGAGACCAAGAUCGCCGAGAUUGAGGAGGCUCACUGCUGCAGCAUCUGCCUAGAGCGCCGUCGUAGCGUUGCCUUCCUCUGUGGUCAUGGGGCUUGUGUCAUCUGCGCCCAGACACUUAAGACUUGCCACAUGUGCAGGAAGCCCAUUUCAAAGAAGAUUAAUCUCUAUUGAUAAUAAGGGGUUGGAGUAGGGUUCAAUUUUCUUUUUUUAUUGUUUCUCUCUCUCUUUUGUGUUUAUGAAAAGGUCUAUUUGAUGCUGAUUCUAGACCUUCUUUGGAGUGUUCUUGUUCUACAGGAUGGUAAUAUGAAAGGAAAAAGGUAUUCUGAUAUCAGGGCAUAUAUUACUCUAUUUUUUCAAGGUCUAGACUAGGACCUUCUUGUGAAAGCCUUUUUAGUGUUAUAUAAUAAAAAAAAGUUAUUGCUAAGAGGAAAGGAAAAAUACAUUGUAGUAUGUAUUACAAGCUCUCCAGUAUAACAGAAGAACAUCAAUUAUUAACACAAUAAAAUGCAGAGUUGGCAGAAGUACUUCAUUCAAAGGAAAGGGAAGGAUACAUACGUACAUAGAUACACAUGUACAUUUCAUAUAAUGUGUACAUACAGACAUGUGCAAGGAGUUACAGUGGUAUAUUGUGAUUGCAGUAAAGGAAUGGUCACUUAAUGAUAUAAAUUUGUACUUUUAAUGCAAAGUUAUGUCUGCUUGCCCAAAAGUGUCAGUGUUUACUGCACUGUAUCAUUUAGACCUGUGUAGUACAUUACUACCUUGUAUAUAUUGUAGAUUUGAAUUAUGUUCACCCCCACUGUCAUUCAUAGUAUGUUUUUACUUUCUUUGGUCACUUCAUUUAGUUAUCAUUGUUUUUCUUCUAGUCAUUUCCACUAUGAAAUGAUGACCCUGUUUUCUGCUAGAUUUUUAUUAUUAUUAUUUUUUUUUUUUCUAACACCUGAGAUGAUGGUAUCAGGAAUUAUUUUGUUAUGGAGUAUAUACCUCACCCAGUAAUUGCCUCAGUUUUAUCUUAUACCACAUUAUUUCUUCCCUUUUUCUUAUGAUCAGUUAUUACUCUUGAUCUUUCCCACUUUUUCUUUUGUCUUUUGUUAUUUGGUUUCUUCUUUUAUUAUCUACUUGUUCCUCUAGUCUUUUCUUCCGAUCCCUUCUUCCGCUUUUUGUACUCUUCAGACUUCCGCAUCCUACGUGGAGGGGACUUGCAAAUGAAGCGAGCACGCAAGCAGGCAAGCCCACAUGCCCUAAGACUCUAGGGAUGGGUAGUUCGUUCUGCAAGGUAUCUAGACAUUAGACGGCCAGCCUCUUUCCCCAUGUUAUCAUGCUGCCAUCCAGUGCUACUUGGUGCUGAUAUCGUGUAGAUAAGGAAUCUCAUACUAAUGCAGAAAAAGGUUUAAAUGAAAAUGAAUAAUUCGCAGAGCAAGGGAUGUAAUUCACGCAUUUUUAUUAAAUCUAAUGUAAUUCUCAAGAGGAGUUAUAAAGCAAGCAUGUUAGUGACAUAGCUGACAUUGUGAAUGAUUAAUUAUCAUUGAAACUUUUUCUAGAAUCUUAUUCAGAACAAGUGGAGAGCACAUAGAUGUUUAAUGCAGAAAUGUCCCUGCAUUGACCCCAUCCCCCCUCCCCCAAGUUUAGAUACAGGUGCAAAUUGAAAUGGGUUUAUUAUUUGAUUUAUCUCACAAGGGAGAGAGUUCAGUAUUGCCUCAAAAUCUGUCAUAUAGGUGUCUGUAUAAUUUUACAUAUAUUUUACAAAUUCAUGAAAAGCUAAGAAGAACAUAAGUGGCACAAACUAAAGUAAAAGUUCAAUAGAAAAUCUGUAUUUUGUUAGUCCUUUUUUUCAUCUUUCCAUCAUAACAUAGUAGAAAUAAUUUAAAGAUGAGUACUCAGCAUCAGGGGAUAUAGAAGCUCAGAAUAGCGUAAACUGAAUUUGAGAAAGCUGAUGACAAAUAAUUUUAAAUAGUUGGUUAAGAAUUUGAGAGCCAGAUCAGUAGCAAUAGGUAUAUACCAUAAUUGUAUGAAAAAUUUACAGCUUUUGAUAGGUUAUGAACAAUUGUAUUGAGAAGAGCUUCACUUACAACAGAGAUGGUAAUAGUAAAUUAAUUUUGGAUGUGAGACAGAUAUGAACUCUCUCUGUUGUCAUGGACAGAAGUGAGAAAUAGUAGGAUUUUUUUCCUUCAUGUAUGCAUGAGUUGCUGGCUCAUUUGCCUUAGUGUUUGGUUGUUGCAAAUAUGGUUUGUCAGUGUUUAGAUAGAUGAGCAGCACCAUUACAGUAUAAUGAAUAGUAUGUUGGACGUUGUCUUUUGUUUUUGGCUGUAAUGUGUCUGGUGAUAUUUUCUUGGUCUCUUUCUCGCACUUUCUCUUUGUGUUGCUGUUGCCUGUUCCACUUGUUCAUAUACAAAUAUUGAUAUGUUGAUGUGCAUGUAUUUCUGCUAGAAUAUAUAUCACUCAGUCAAAGAAGUAAGCUCUUCUGCAAUGGUAUUGUAUUUAAAGAACAUAUCUGUAAUAUUCUUUCUGUGUAAUGUAGCAAUUCUGUUGGACAUAUUUUCUUGAUGUUCAGGAUUACGGAGGAACUGAAUAUUACUUUAUAAUAUUUUCUAAGGCCACAAACUGAAUGGAGCUCAACAUAUUCUGUAAAUUUCUAACCCUUACAGACCGUUUUAUAUAGAAAAAGCUCAGAGAGACAGAGAGGGAGGAAAGAAAAUUUGAUUAAACAUGCAUUUGUGUAAGGUCUAUGGUCUAUGUGAUAAAGUAGAAGUUUGUGGAGAGGAAUAAGUGCACAAGUGAAGAAAUCUGGUGCUUUUUUUCAUGUAUUAGUUUCAGUGUUAAGCAAAAUGAGAGUCAGCCUGUCUUAAAUUUGUAUAUGUAGUGUAUGUUUAUAUAAUUUUUGGUUACUUUUUCAAAAAUGUGUUACUGUUCUUGUAUUGUCUUUGAACGUGUUUGCUUCAAUGCCAAUUAUACUUGAGAUAAUUUAGAUGCAAGUGUCUUUAUAUACUCACCUAUUUUCUGAAGCUCUUUAGGUCCCUGCCCCAACAAUUUCGAGCUCAAAAGAAAAAGGGGGGGGAAGAAAAGCCAUUGCGUUGCUGGCUGACACAUUGCUCACUUCUUAGAAUGGUGUGCUCGAUAGAUUAGCACAUAGUUGACCAUUACAGUAGUCUGUUUAAUAAUCAUCAAGGAGAAAUGACACAUUAGGAAUAUUUCUUGCUGACAGCUUCUGGCCGUCCUUUUUCGGUGCUUAAAUUAGACAUUUUACCGCACACAGUUUUGACUACACUGCGCUUUGUCUAUUUUUUCUCUCCCAUGAAAAUCAACAGAAACUCAGAAAUCGCAAGUAGAACUUCUCUUUACGUCCACUUGUCAAGCACACCUUUUUUUUUUUCUUUUUUUUUUUAUCAGUUUCACUUCGCUGUAGUGGUGUUCUUUGAAAUGACGAUGGUAUAAGAUGUUCCCUCUUGUCUUGAUCAAAAGAGUGUCCUGGAUUAUUCAGUGGCUGUAUAGAGUCUUUGCACUGUAUAGGGUGGGGAAAGUGUAAUUGAAUGUAUGUGAGGACAGUUAAUGUGUGUGAAAUUUCUUGAACUAAAUGAGGCAUCUUGUGAUACAAUGUUUAUAGGCAAAAUGUAACUUUCAUUGCAAAAUAUUCUUGUGUCUUUUAAAUAUUAGGUUCCACAGGCCAUAUCAGUAAAACUAGAGGUAUAUUUGCAGAUUUGACACUAAUGAUUGAUGUAAAUAGAGAGUAAAUUUUGAAUUUAACCAUCAGUUAGUUUUCCUGAUACAGAGUGUAAUAUUUUGUUAAGGGAACACUGUCUGUGCUUUUAUGAUGUAAUUUAAUGAAAAAUUGUUGUAAGAUAACUUCAUAAAUAUGGUAAAGCCACAAUUUUUAACAUAAUGUUUCAGAGUACAAUAAGCCCCCUCCCCCCAAAAGAAGAAUUUUAUAUAGUAUUACAAAAUGAGAAAUGCUUCGGAAAUUCAGACAUUAUUAUUCUUUAUAAAGAGGAAUUUCUAUGCAUAGACUUAUGAUUACAUAUUUCUUUUUCUUAAAUAAAUUGAAAGCAUCUUA